UUUUGGUCUCUCCAUUUCUUUCUAUGCUACCGUGAAUUUAAAAUUUAAUUUUAAUUUUUUGGUUUGGGUAAUUUUUGAUACAUGAAAUCUACCAUGUUAACCGGCUAAAACAAGAAUCUAUUCUCUUGAGGGAAUUCUUGAAGAGAGGAGAAAAGUUCAAUGCCAAUCCUGGAAGACUGUUGCUCUUUCGGAUGCCCAAUCCCCUGGCCAUGAAAACUCCCUCUCUCUCUCUCUCUCACACACACACACACACACACACACAAUGAGCAAGCUGCUUAAACACGUACCAAUUUUCUCUCAUAUGUUCAGUAUAUAGUUAUUUUGGUCUCUCCAUUUCUUUCUAUGCUACCGUGAAUUUAAAAUUUAAUUUUAAUUUUUUGGUUUGGGUAAUUUUUGUUACAUGAAAUCUACCAUGUUAACCGGCCAAAACAAGAAUCUAUUCUCUUGAGGGAAUUCUUGAAGAGAGGAGAAAAGUUCAAUGCCAAUACUGGAAGACUGUUGCUCUUUCGGAUGCUAGCCGAAGAAAUUACCCUUAUCUCAACCUUUCAUAUAUUUGUUCAUGUAAAAAGAACAAGGUGCUAAUUUUUAUAUGCUUAUGCUUCAUUAUAUCUACGAUUUUUUGUAGUUUUGACAAUUGGCAAAUCUUUUGUUGUCGAAAACAAAAUGGACUUUGGAUCUUAUAGCAAAAACAAGCGCGACCAAAAGUCAAUGUAGGAACUAGAAAGUCAUUCCUUUUAUCAAAUUGAGUUUUGCAGUCACUCAUACGUUUUCUGGUCUAUUUUUUUUUUGCCGGUGUCUUGGUGUAUCAUUUUGUAGUUUAUGAAUCAUAUAGCAAGGAGCUAGUUCAGUUCCUAUGAUUGUUAUAGCAAUUGGUGUGAAAUGUCCUUAUUAUGUUCUUAGUUUCUUUCACAAUGUGUCCUUGUUCUUCUCUCUCUAUCUUUUUUCCCAAAAAUUGUAUGUUUUUUGUCAAUUUCUUUUUUUUGAUAGGGACAUGAGUUAUUAUGUCAUUUUAUGUCUUUACCACUUCUUAUAAUUCAAUAGUAGCCUAUUAGUAUAAACAUAUGCCGAACUCAUGAGCAUGAGAAAUUUACAAUUUAAAAGUUAAAACUUUGAGAUCACUGAUUGAUUGCAGAUUUGUAACGAAGCCAAGUGGUUGACCUAUUAAAUGUGACUUGGGACAUAGUCAUGUAAAAACAAUAUAAAAGCAUCUCAUUUCACUGAAGAAGCCUAUGAUGCUUCUAUUUAUUUAUUGUUGAUGUUUUGACUGACUAAUAUGCAGUAAUAUUUGUUUACACUAGCUGUUAAUUACAAGUUCGAAGCAAUUCGAAGAUGGACAUGAUAGGAGAUUCUAUGAUGCAUCACAAUGAAGAUUUCUUGGACAAUGUCAUAAUCAAGAAUUUAUUUGAGAUUUUAAUUACUGCUUUUCAAACUCUUGGUUUUUAUAGUGAUUUUGAAGGAAAUGAAGAGAAGAAGAGAUGGUUUGACAAAACUUUUUCUCUCAAAAGGCACAUCAAACACACUAAGGACAUUGAAAUGGUCCAAGAGGAUAUAUGGCAGUAUAUGAGGACUCUUCCCUCAAUUCUAUUCCAAGCAGUCAGACGGAAGGAGAACCAAUUGGCUUACCUUAUAGCUUCCAUGACCAGGAAUGGUUCCAUCCCUACACAGUGGGCUGUUAACCCACCUGGCAGAGUCAUACAGCUGGUGAACAAGGAAGCUAGAGAAGGAAUUGGGUAG